AUGCAAUCAGCGUUGAUUGUAAUCACGAGUUCUCGCCUUGAGGCAAAUACGAUGAUUUUUGUUGAUCCACCAGCACCGGCUGUCGUGACAGUGACGUCGGUUUCCACCACGUCGGUGGUUGUUCGCGUCGAGAAACCAACUGAUGCCACAGGAAUUGGCCGGUACGAGGUGAGAGUUGAUGGAGUGGGUACGACGCCAGCAUGCACCAUUCCGUCCGGGGAUAAGCUCGAAUGUCAAGUGGAUGGUCUGCGACCUGGCACUGCGUACAAGGUGGCAGUGAGCUCGUGUAUCAGUGGCACAGUUCCGGCAGUGUGCAGUGAGGACACGAGGGCAUCAGGAUGGACCCGACCAAAUGCACCAGCUGACGUGGCGGUGGUGCCGAGUUCCAGCACAUCGGUUGCCGUUCGUUUCAAGGCACCGACAGACGCCACAGGAAUCGGCCGCUACGAGGUGACAGUUUCCGGAGUGGAGCUAAUCAAAUCGUGCACAAUACCACUUGGAGAAGAACUUGAGUGUCGAGUGGAUGGCCUGCAGUCUGCUUCCAAGUUCGAAGGGACAGUGAAGUCCUGCAUCAACGACACCGAUCCAGCCGUGUGCAGUGAGGAUGUAGUGGCGUCCGGAUGGACAAAGCCGAACCCGCCUGCGGAGAUGCUGAUCCUUCCAAGUUCAUCUUCAUCGGUAUUUGUUCGAGUCACGCCCCCGAGUGAACCAACAGGGAUUCGUCUUUACACGGCGUCGGUAGUUGGUGUCAAUGAGACGAGUUUGUGCGUUAUGUUAAACAUGGAGAACCCCGGGUGUCGACUGGAUGGCUUGCAAUCUGCCACGGAGUACAAUGUGUCGGGGAACGCCUGCGUCAGUACCGCAGAUCCGAUGGUCUGCAGUGAAAGUGUGACGGCGUCGGGUUGGACAAAACCGAAUUCCCCUAGCAAUAUGACCCUAGGAAGCGUUGACUCUACGAGCAUCUACGUCAGUUGGCAGAAGCCGGAGGGCAUGAUGAAUGGCAUCACGCUAUACAAGGCUUUGGCGAGGCAAAGCUCCAGAGCAGUGGAG